AUGAAUAAAUUGACUCCUGAAGCUCGUCUUUCGACUGAUGGUCCAUGGAAUCAAUCGUGUUCGUUCAUCUAUCAAUUACCCGACGUUCUGCUAAAACGAAAACGAAAUGAGAAAAUGCCGUACGCGGAAACCUAUCACGGAAUCAUACUCUUCGCCGAUGUAUCAGGCUUCACAGAAAUGUGUGAAAAAUAUAGUAAUGAUAUUCAGCAUGGUGUAAAUCAAUUAGCUAAUGCGUUAAAUAACUACAUGGCAUCGAUUGUAGAAGCGAUUUUACAAGAAAAUGGUGAUGUUUAUAAAUUUGCUGGCGAUGCAGUGUUAGGCUUAUGGCCAUUUGAAAAUAAUUCGGUUGAAUAUCAACGUGAUCAAGCUAAACGAGUGAUAUCCUGUGCAUUGUAUAUGAAAAAAUCCUUUUGUAAUUAUACGACACCGAUAGGAACUAUUUUAAACAUAAAAACUGCGAUCGCAAUGGGUUCUUAUUCGAUUAUAUUUCUUCGUGGAUCGACCGCAGCAUGUUCUAAAUUACUCGAUGAAUUUGGACUUAGAACACAUUCUUCUAUGCGAAAAGUUAAUUUCAAUCCGGAUUCGAGUAAAACUUCCUCGACUAGAAAUGGCAUAACUGAAGAAAUGCUCGAACGUUGUCGAGUUGAUCUUGUUAACUAUUACGUUUGCUAUGGUAGUGCUGUUGUUAGUGUUCGAAAUGCUGAACAUGUGUGUAAAUCUCAGGAUAUCAUUGUUGAUCUAGCGACAUGGUUACUGCUUGAUUCUGAUUUAGAAUAUAUUCAUGAAAAAUUUACAGCUGAACACGAUGAUGAGAAUACUGAAAUUCUGUCUCGAUCUUCCAAUCAUCAAAGUGAAAUCAUCACGCAUGGUCUAUCAAACACAGUCGCACCAACCAUCAGCAAACAUUUAACACCACCGAGUAAAACUCGAGAUGUUCUGAAACAAAAGGUGCUCGCACAUUAUAUACGAGUUUACGGCCGGAGGAACGAUCUGUCGAUUGAGAACGACGUAUUAUCCAAUGAUCGUUCUUUGAUGUCAGCGGAUUCGAUUGAACCCAGCAGUGAUGGCAAUGAAAUCUUUCGAAAACGUACAACAUUGAGUCACUACAGUCCAGUGAAGAAUUUUAUAAAUCGAUGGAAUCGAAUAAAAACACCGAUGUUAGAUUCUGGUAAUAACGAUAUGAAAGAUUUGUUAACAGUGGUGAAUAAAAAACAAGCACGAUUGAGUAGAAAGAUUGAUUUAACUGAUGAACAAGCGAUGAAACUUCGUCCAAGUGUAUUCUGGAAUUUCGAAGAUUAUGAUAUAUUUGAUUUGAGCACAUUUAUUAUAAAACCUGUACGAAAUCAAGAAUCGCUUGAUCAAUUAUCUGAAUUACGUUUGAUUAAUAUUUGUUUCAUCAAUAUUAUUUUAACGGAUUAUCAAAUCAAACAAUUACCAUUGAAAUUACAGACAAUUGUUGACUGUUGUGCGGAACAGAUUUCGAUUACGAAUGGCUUAUUGACGAAAGUUUUUAUGUUUGAUAAAGGUCUGAGUCUUCUAUGUGCUUUUGGUAUGCCAGGAUACAAACAUCCUGAUGAUGCGGAACGAGCGUUGAAAUUCGGUUUUCUCAUCACACAAAGAUUAGAAAAGUUCAAUUUUGUAGCGAGAGUUAGUACUGGAGUAACUACCGGGCAGACAUUUUGUGGUGUGUUAGGACAUCCGCUUCGAUGUGAAUAUACUGUUAUUGGUAGAAAAGUGAAUAUGGCUGCUCGAUUAAUGGUCAAUUAUCCUGGAAUUGUUUCUUGUGAUGAUGAAACUUACCAUAAAGCUCAUCUCGAAGAACGCUAUUUCGAACUUUUACCGACAGUUCCGUUAAAAGGAUUAACAGUUUCUUCAAGUAUGCGUCGAUAUAAAGGACAAGACGAUGAUCAACAUAAUAUGAGUGUAUUUGUCUUUCCAAUGAUAAAUCGUGACGAUGAAUGGAAUACGAUUUUAGAAUAUCUCGAACAAGUUGUUCAACAUAGUUGUACAACGAUCUUUUGUAUAUUUCUAACGGGUUCCACCGGUGUCGGUCGUUCACGACUUCUCGCUCAUGUUAAUGAAGAAUUGAUGUACGAUACACAGAACGUUCGUCGAGUUUCUUACAAUGCCAGUUUUGAACAUGCGCAGUUAUUCGGCUAUGCAUUGAAGCAGUUAUUUAAAAAGUUGUUGUAUACGGAAUUACAAGAAUCGGAUGCACUUUUGAAAGUAUUGAAGUCUCUCCUACCACAUCAUGAGAAGUAUUUGUAUCUAUUAAGACCGUAUUUCGAUAAACUUAACGUCGAUAUCGAUAAACUCAAUGGAAAUUCGAAACGUAAAAUACUUGAAGAAAUCAUUCAUGAACUUAUCACGAAUGCGACGAAUCCUACGUAUGAAAUCUUCAAUUAUCAACCCCAACCAACAAUUUUCAUCGUUGAUGACGCUCAAUACAUAGAUAAAGAAUCUUGGCAAUAUCUUCACCUUCUCGGUUCAGCAUCGACUUCACUUCUCAUUCUGGCAAUGCGAGAUCCAACAUUAAAUGACGAUGAAUUGCACACACGUAUGACUACCCUUCGCGAUUUACCAACAACUAAACAUAUUCAUCUUAUGGGUCUGGACAAUCGAUACUUAACCACACUCGCAUGUCAAGCAAUGUUUGUUCAACGGAUUCCAAAAGAUCUUGAAAUUCUAAUCAUACGAAAAUCCGACAAAGGUCAUCCACAGAACGUUGUCCAAUUAAUAUCUGAUUUAUUGUCCAAUCAGAUCAUUCGAAUCGAAACGAUAACUGUUGACGAUGAUCUCAAUGAUGGGUAUGUGGAAGGUCUGCAAAAAUACUUAUGGAAGCGCGUUGCACAACAUGAUCCUGCAAGUGGAAAUGUGAAAAUCUUAUUCGAAUAUGUUGAACCACAAGUAUGUCGAAUCUGCGAUCCUGAUCGAAAUAAGUUUUGGACAUACACAACGGUGAUCGAAAAUAUCAAUGCACACGUGAAAAUCGAUAAACUACGAGACUUCGAAAAGCGCAUCGCGAAAAUCAGUUCAUUGUUAACGAAAAACAUCUCGAAAAGGAUUCUGGUCCACGCGAUUACAAAUUACGAUAUUCAUACAAAUGAAAUAUUGAAUGUAUAUCAAUAUUCGAUAAACAAUAACAAGCAUCAUAGUCACGGAUUGACAGCAGAGCUGAUGAAAAUAAAUAGCACGUUUUCGCAAUUGUAUCGAGCGCAGAUCUUUGAAUGUGCGUGGAUUGAUUUCGAAGCACGAAAGAAUCCGACAGUGGCACGGUUAUUACAGGAAAAAAAUAUGACACCUACAUGUUGCUGUCCAGAAAACAUGACGAAGCAAAUCGAAAACUGUCGAAUGUAUACAUUCAAAGACCCAACGCUAAGAGAAGCGACACUGGCGACCAUCAUUGACCAAUUUCAACAUGAUUAUUCCUCAAAAAUGGCUUUAUUUAUCGAAUCGCAAAUUCAUCGAUGUAAAUCAUGUGGUGGAGAUUCCGAUUCAUUGAUAUUUUUAACGCCUGUUCAAAGUAUGAAGUUAGGAAUGUCGAUUUUAGACACAUUUCAUGAAAGAAAGCUAAAGCAAUUAAAUCAACGUUUACAAAAUAUGAUACUUGAGUAUUUUUCUUCUCAUCAAAUACAAAUCAUUUCGUCGAACAACGAAGAUAAUCCAUCUGAUGACGAACGAGCUACCGAACAAAAGAAUUUAAUGAAAGAUUUCUAUCGAGAUAUUCACCGUGAAGAAUUAGAAGAAAAAGGAAGAUAUUUUCAACAAUUAAGAAAUAAUAUUCAACAAGUUGAAGGUCGCACAACAACUACGAAACCAACAAAUUCAUUUUAUCCGAUAGCGAUUGGAGGACGUAAAGACACAAUUGAAGGGGAAACAUAUGCGAAAAUUCCCUUUCGUUUACAAGAAAACAAUUUAGCACAAUCGGACAGUCCAGUGUUGGUGAUUUAUCCAACCCGAUCAACGAUUGAAACACCUGAUGGUGUUUUUCUCAGCAAUCAAACGAAAGAUUCGAAAAAUAAUCAUUACCGAUCAAGAAAGAUCUUAAUUCAACAACGAAAGCAUCGUUUCUCCACGCGAAUAUUCAAAUAUCGACGAAAGGAAUUUUCAAAUUCUAUUCAUCAUUUCAACAAUAACACUAACCAAGACAUUGUCAACGAGAAAACCAUCGAACAAAUCCUUCAACAUCAUUGGACGCAAACAUUCGAACGUCGAAAAUCAAUUAGAAUAAAAACAUUGUUCAUCUCCAACGAUAAAUCGAAAAUUUCUUUGACAAAUAAUGCAAUUACUGACAAUGAUUCAAUCACUAAUAAAACAGAACUAAUCAAAGAAAAUUCGUUGAGACAUUCACCGAAUAACAAAAACAAACGUUUAUUAACCAAAGAUAUUAUGUCGGAAGCCGAACAUUUGGUUAAACAUUUACAUCUUUCACGUCAAACCGAUCACGAUUCUGCAUCCACGGUUUUAAUGAAAACAUUUUCCUCGUAUCCGAAUGAGCUCGAGGAGAAAUCUCCGAAGAAAUCAACGAUUCUCCCUGAGGAGGUUCACUCGAUUAACGAACGUCUAUACACGAACUUCACGGAAACAUGCCCGUUGUUUUUGUUGAAAGAAGGCAUUGAUCAUCGCUUUGAAUUUCUCGAUUUCGCUCCUGAACUAUACAUCAGACAAACAUUUCAUCCGAUCAAUCAAGAAGAUUUCCAUUCGAAAACAUCCGAUGUGCAUCUCGAUCUUCGACAUACGAAAGUUCAGCAAACAACUGAAAUUGAAUACAAUCAACGAAAUUGCCGGUGCAAUUAUCUACUCGUGGAGAUUUAUCGUUUGUUGGUUAAAUUGUGGGACCAGUCAUCGAAUAUCGAAAAAGUCCUGUAUUAUUCAUUAGAAUUAGCACGAGUGGAACUGACGCGAACGAAUUAUUACGAGUCGAAAAUCAUCUUACAAAAUCUUCUAGAACGUUUAGACAAUGAACGAGAUUUUCUUCAUCUUCCGAUGUUCUUCGAACCGCAAAUCUACGAUUUGUUAUCAGUUUAUCGGAUGCGGAAGAACGACGAAGCACUUCUCUAUGUUGUUUACGGUUUAAAAAUUUUAAAUGUUCAACUCAUCGACUUUCGCUCACGUGACUCAGCUAAACUCAAAACUCAGUGUAAGCAAUUACGACAUACUUUAAUUCGAACACUAAUCCGACAGAACAUCAACAAAAAGCUUUCCGACGACGAAAUCAUCCAGCGUUAUUUCACCGGCAAAUUGUUAUUCCGUGCAGGACAAUGUGCUCGACGCCACGGUCAAUUAUUAUUCGCAUAUUUCUGUGUUCUGAAUGCCACCUUAUCUUUAAUUCAAUGUCAAUUUGUCUUGACCUCUUACGAACACUGCCAAUCGUUAAUACUACUUGCUGAAUUAUCGUACGAUCUAAAACGGAUGGAAGAUUGUGAUCUAUUUGUUCAAGCACUUGUUCGAUAUACGGAAUCGGUACAGAUUGGUUACGAAACAAUCGCAAUCAAAUCACAUUGGUUGUCGAUGACAUGGAAUCUUUCUCGAGGAAAAAUCGAUCGAGCGUUAAACGAUUCGUAUAAAAUCAAAGAUUUAGUGAACAAAAUCGGCGCGUACGAACAUCUCAUGGCAGUUGCGACGUAUAGUUUACAAGCAGCGUUGAUUGGUCGAAAAGAAGGAGUUAUUCGUGAUCUAUUCGAUAUUAUUGAUAAUGAAUCGAACCGUGUCUUGCAAUAUGAAACUCGUCUUUGGUCGUUUAUUUUGACUUUGGAAGCAUUUGUGGAAUUAAACAUUGAAUACGAUGAAAAUUUGCUCAAUGAAAUCGUUCUUGGUAUUGAUUAUGUCCUCGAACAUGUAGAGAAGAAAACAUCAACUCCAGGAGAUAUUCAUAAAUUCUUAACGAUCGUUUUUUAUGCUCAAGCAACUCUAGUCGAAUGCUACACUAAAAUUGUUAAACUCGAUCGCGCAAACGAGCAUUACAUGCGUGCAAUCAAGUUUGGUAUGUCGUUAAAAGAAUGGACAUUCCGUGUUUGUAAUGGCAUGCUAAAAUUAGCACUUUAUGAGAUUUAUGAAUGUACAAAAUGGUUAAUUGAAACUCGUGUCUCGACUAUACCUCUUGAACUUCACCAACGUCUGAUUAUUUCCCAUAUGCAUGAGAUAAGCAAACAUUUUAAAUUACUACGACCGAAAUACUUAAUGUGCUUGGCUCUAAAACAUCUCAUUACUGGCAAUCAACGUUCAGCGAAGAUUCAAUUUGCCAAUGCAAUUCGUCUGGCCAAUGAUUUAGAAUUAGAUGCUGAGAGACAACAUAUAGAAAUGAUGAGAAAAUAUAUAUUUAAAGUGUUGACGAAAAGCAAAGUAAAACGAACGAAAAAAUAG